CCUUCUCCUGUGAAUUUCCAUUGGCUCCCUGCCGUUUUACUCCGCGGACGGACAUUUUUCGUUGGCUUCGACGGCUGACAAUCAAACUGGUGAGGGGCGAGGUGACGUAAUGCUUGAGCUAAGCAAGGCGCUCCAGUUCUUUUUCAGCGCCGCAGAGAAGCAGCAGAAUAGAUUUUUCUUUGAUGGGGGGGUGGGUUUCUUCCUUCUUCUCGCCGCUUAACCUUUUCUGCUUUAGUAUUAGAUUGCCGUAGGAAAGUUAGAGCUGCAGUCGAAGCCGUUUUGGAGGAGAAUGAAGUCGGUUUAUAAUGGAUAUUUGUGACAAUAGAAGAAGCGUUGACUUCGUGACCAGCAGUUUACACUGAGCCGUGACGUUGUGCCAGCAGGAUUCUCUUCUCCAGUCUUUUCUGUUUCAUUAUCCUGCAGGAGGAUCGCUCUAGGAAACUCAACAGUGGAAUUGUAAAGUGUACGAGUACAGACACAGCAAGAUGUCGGGGGCUUCGGUGAAAGUAGCAGUGAGGGUGCGACCCUUCAACUCCAGAGAGAUGGCCAAUGACUCCAAAUGUAUUAUCCAGAUGCAAGGCAACACGACCACUAUCUCCAACCCCAAAAACCCAAAGGAACCAUUAAAGACCUUCAGCUUCGACUAUUCAUACUGGUCACAUACCACGGUAGAAGAUCCUAGCUUUGCCUCUCAGUGUAAGGUAUUCAAUGACAUCGGCAAAGAGAUGCUGCAGCAUGCCUUCGAAGGCUACAACGUGUGCAUUUUCGCAUACGGACAGACCGGGGCAGGGAAGUCCUAUACCAUGAUGGGGAAACAGGAAGAGGGACAAGAGGGAAUCAUCCCGCUGCUCUGCGAAGAUCUCUUUGAGAAAAUCAAUGACAACAGGAAAGAUGAAAUCUCCUAUUCUGUGGAGGUCAGCUACAUGGAAAUCUAUUGUGAAAGAGUUCGGGAUUUACUGAACCCCAAGAACAAGGGGAACCUGCGAGUCCGGGAGCACCCCCUGCUGGGCCCGUACGUGGAAGAUCUCUCCAAACUGGCCGUCACCUCGUACACCGACAUCGCAGACCUGAUGGACGCUGGGAAUAAAGCCAGGACUGUAGCUGCCACCAACAUGAAUGAAACCAGCAGCAGAUCCCACGCAGUGUUCACCAUAGUCUUCACACAGAGGAAGCACGACGCAGAAACCAAUCUUUCAACAGAAAAGGUCAGCAAAAUCAGCCUGGUGGAUCUGGCGGGCAGUGAAAGAGCUGACUCCACUGGGGCCAAGGGGACCAGGUUAAAGGAAGGUGCAAAUAUCAACAAAUCCCUCACAACAUUAGGAAAAGUGAUCUCUGCUCUUGCUGAAGUUGAUAACUGUACCAGCAAGAGUAAGAAGAAAAAGAAGUCUGACUUCAUACCAUACAGAGACUCUGUGCUGACGUGGCUGCUUAGAGAAAAUUUAGGUGGAAACUCUAGAACUGCGAUGGUUGCUGCUCUCAGUCCAGCAGACAUUAACUAUGAUGAAACACUCGGCACUUUAAGGUAUGCAGAUCGGGCCAAACAGAUCAAGUGCAACGCUGUGAUCAAUGAAGAUCCCAACGCCAAGCUGGUCCGUGAACUCAAGGAGGAAGUGGGCAGGCUGAAGGACUUGCUGCGAGCUCAGGGCCUGGGAGAUAUCCUGGACAUUGAUCCAAUGGGAGAUGAUUACCCAGGAGAUGGAGGCACAUACCUGAAAGACGUACACAACAAUAACCAUAGCUACUUACUAGCCUCUGAGAAUCAACGCCCUGGCAAUUUCUCCACAGCACCCACAGGUUCCCUGACAGCCUCCCCAUCCUCCUGCUCUCUCAGCAGCCAGGCUGGUCUGCAGUCUGUCCCCAGCAUACAGGAGCGUAUCAUGUCAACGCCGGGAGGAGAAGAGGCCAUCGAACGGCUAAAGGAAUCAGAAAAGUUUAUUGCAGAGCUCAAUGAGACCUGGGAAGAGAAACUGAGGAAGACGGAAGCAAUCCGAAUGGAAAGAGAGGCUCUGCUGGCUGAAAUGGGAGUGGCCAUUCGAGAGGACGGAGGAACACUGGGCGUUUUCUCUCCCAAAAAGAUUUGCCCUCAACAGCCAACGUCCUUGUUUGACAGCGCUUUUGAUUCGUUUCCAACUAACAAGAUUUUCGCUCCAAGACCGUGUGAUUUAUUUGCUGACCCUAACGGGGUGUUUUCCCCUAAAAAGACUCCGCAUCUUGUUAACCUCAAUGAAGACCCUCUCAUGUCAGAAUGUCUUCUGUAUUACAUCAAGGACGGCAUUACAAGGGUUGGCCAGGCAGAUCCAGAAAGACGUCAAGAUAUUGUUCUGAGUGGAGCCCAUAUCAAAGAGGAGCACUGUAUCUUCAGGAGUGAGAGGAAUGGCAACGGGGAUGUUAUCGUCCUGCUGGAACCGUGUGAAGGGUCAGAGACGUACGUCAAUGGGAAACGAGUCGGUGCGUCUGUGCAGCUGCGCUCAGGCAACCGUAUCAUCAUGGGAAAGAACCAUGUGUUCCGGUUCAACCACCCCGAGCAGGCCCGCGCAGAGAGGGAGAAGACUCCGUCCGCAGAGACCCCCUCCGAACCAGUGGACUGGACCUUCGCUCAGAGGGAGCUGCUGGAGAAGCAGGGCAUCGAUAUGAAGCAGGAGAUGGAGAAAAGGCUCACAGAGAUGGAAAUCUUGUACAAAAAAGAGAAGGAGGAAGCAGAUCAACUUCUGGAACAGCAGAGACUGGUGUACGAGAGCAAGCUGCAGGAGCUGCAGAAGCAGGUGGAGACUCGCUCGAUAGCUGCUGAGACCACUGAGGAGGAAGAGGAAGAGGAGGAAGUACCCUGGACCCAGCAUGAGUUUGAGACGGCGCAGUGGGCAUUCCGAAAGUGGAAGUAUCACCAGUUCACAUCGCUCCGAGACCAGCUGUGGGGCAACGCUGUGUACCUCAAAGAGGCCAAUGCCAUCAGCGUGGAACUGAAGAAGAGGGUGCAGUUCCAGUUCGUGCUGCUCACAGACACGCUGUACUCCCCACUGCCCCCCGAGCUGCUCCCCACAGAGGCAGAGAAGGACCGGAACCCUCGCCCCUUCCCCAGGACCGUGGUGGCCGUGGAGGUGCAGGACCUCAAGAACGGAGCCACCCAUUACUGGUCCCUGGAGAAACUCAAGCAAAGGCUGGAUCAGAUGCGUGAGAUGUAUGACAGAGCUGGUGAAAUGGCGUCCUCCAUUCAUGAAGACAAUGACAAUGUGCUGACCGGGAACGACCCCUUCUACGACCGCUUCCACUGGUUCAAGCUUGUGGGAAGCUCCCCUAUUUUCCACGGCUGUGUGAACGAGCGACUCGCAGACCGCACCCCGUCUCCCACCUUCUCCACGGCUGACUCGGACAUCACCGAGUUGGCCGACGAGCAGCAGGACGAAAUGGACGACUUUGACGACGAGGCCUUUGUGGACGACACGGGCUCGGACGCGGGGACUGAAGAGGGAUCAGACAUCUUCAGUGAUGGCCAGGACCCGUUUUACGACCGGUCUCCCUGGUUCAUUUUAGUGGGAAGAGCCUUUGUGUAUCUCAGUAACCUCCUGUACCCAGUGCCCCUCGUCCACAGAGUGGCUAUUGUGAGUGAGAAAGGGGAGGUUCGAGGAUUCCUGCGUGUCGGGGUCCAAGCCAUUGCAGCUGACGAAGAGGCUCCAGACUAUGGUUCAGGAAUACGACAGUCGGGAACUGCAAAAAUUUCUUUUGAUGAUGAAUACUUCCAAACUAGUGACUUCUCCUCUGUGGCACUGACCCAGUCAGGGCUAUCCCUUGAGGAGCUGAGAUAUGUGGAAGGGCAGGGUCAGAGUUCAGAGGUCGUAACCCCUUCAGAAGAGCACAACAGGAUAAAUGAACUGGAUCUGAAGGGUAACAUGAGGGACACCAAGCUGUCCAUUGAAGGUCUGACGGAGGAGCUGGCGAACCAGCUGGUGGUCGGAAGCAUCUUCACCUUCCGAGUGACCGUCCUGCAGGCCAUCGGGAUUCUCCCGGAGUACGCAGACAUCUUCUGCCAGUUCAACUUCCUGCACCGUCACGAUGAAGCGUUUUCCACUGAACCUUUAAAGAACACUGGACGAGGGGCUCCUCUGGGGUUCUUCCAUGUACAGAACGUUGCUGUUGAGGUGACAGAGUCUUUCAUUGAGUAUAUAAAGACCAAGCCCAUUGUGUUUGAGGUGUUUGGACACUACCAGCAGCAUCCUCUACAUCUGCAGGGGCUGGACAGCCUUCUACAACCCUCUCGCAAAUCUUUCCCUCCACCCAUGCCGCUGUCUAAACCAGACCAUGCCAGAAAGAUUGAGUUGAUUAGAUACCUUGUGUCUGGUUAUGUAAGCGGGCAGGUGCUGGACACUGUAUCAGAACACGCCAAUGCUCUAGCCUCUACCGCGGUCGCUAGUUUCGAAGACAGGGCUGAUCAGCUCUCAAAGUUUCCAUUCCUGCCUGUUAUGCAUUGUCUGGUUCUCACAGUACCCAAACACGAUGUUCCAGCUACUAAACUAAACACCAUAAGCAAGCCCAAUCUGGGACAAUGUGUCAGCAAGUAUGACCUACUGGUCUGGUUUGAGAUCAGUGAACUGGAACCCACUGGGGAGUAUAUCCCUGCAGUCGUGGAUCACACGGGAGGCCUCCCCUGUCACGGCACUUACCUGCUUCAUCAGGGUAUUCAGCGCAGAAUCACAGUCACCAUCAUCCACGAGAAAGGCAGUGAGCUGCACUGGAAGGAUGUGCGAGAGCUGGUUGUAGGUCGCAUCAGAAAUAAACCGACGGUUGAUGACACUGCUGCAGAUGCUGUUUUGUCUCUGAAUAUAAUCUCAGCAAAGAACAUCAAGUCUUCACACAAUUCCAACAGGAUUUGUCUUGAUAAGGAAAUACCUAGGACCUUCUACCGAUUUGAGGCAGUGUGGGACAGCUCUCUACACAACUCUCUUCUCCUGAACCGCGUGACUCCAUACGGAGAGAAGAUUUACAUGACCCUGUCUGCGUACCUCGAGCUUGACCACUGCAUCCAGCCGGCUGUGAUCACGAAGGACGUCUGUAUGGUGUUCUACUCUCGGGAUGCUAAAAUCUCCCCCCCUGGCUCUCUGAAGAGCCUGUUUGGCAGAGGCUACUCCAAGUCACCUGACUGUAACAGAGUGACUGGGAUCCAUGAGCUGAGCUUGUGUAAAAUGGCAGACACAGGUAGCCCAGGUAUGCAGAGGAGGAGGAGAAAGGUCCUGGAUACAUCGGUGGCGUACGUCAGGGGCGAGGAGAACCUGGCUGGGUGGAGACCUCGCGGAGACAGCCUCAUUCUGGAGCACCAAUGGGAGCUUGAGAAACUAGACCUGCUGCAUGAGGUUGAAAAGACCCGGCACCUGCUGCUGCUGCGUGAGAAGCUGGGCGAGACGACGGCCCCCAAGUCCCUGAGCGAGUCCAUCUCCCCCAGCAUGAGCAGCGGCACCCUGAGCACCUCCACCAGCAUCUCCUCCCAGAUCUCCAACGCCACCUUCGAGAGCGCCAUCACCCCCAGCGAGAGCAGCGGCUACGACUCGACCGACAUCGAGAGCCUGGUUGAGCGUGAGAAGGAGCUCGCCACCAAGUGCCUGCGACUCCUAACCCACACCUUCAACAGAGAAUAUAACCAGGUCUGCAACAGCAUCAGUGACUGCAAACUGUCGGAUAUCUCUCCGAUGGGACGGGAUCCUUCAGUGUCGAGCUUCAGCAGUGCCACCCUCACUCCGUCAUCUACCUGCCCCUCCCUGGCGGACUCCAGAUGUAACUCCAUGGACCAAAAAACUCCAGAAGCCAACUCCAGAGCCACCAGCCCUUCCUGUCCAGACUAUGAGAACUUACCCAUGGUCCCCAUCGUGGAGACCUCCUACCUGGCCCGAGCCGGCAAGAACGAGUUCCUCAACCUGGUCCCUGACAUCGAGGAGAUGAGACCCGGGUCGGUGGUUUCUAAGAAAGGCUACCUGAACUUCAUGGAGCCCAGGUCUAACUCGUGGGUGAAGUACUUUGUGGUGGUGCGGCGUCCCUACGUCUUCAUGUACCACAACGACAAGGACCCCGUGGAGAGGGGCAUCCUGAACCUGUCCACCGCACAGGUCGAGUACAGCGAGGACCAGCAGGCAAUGCUAAAGACGCCCAACACGUUUGCAGUGUGUACCAAGCAUCGUGGGCUUCUACUGCAGGCUAUCAAUGACAAAGAUUUGAAUGACUGGUUGUAUGCCUUUAACCCACUUCUAGCUGGCACAAUAAGGUCCAAACUUGCCCGAAGGUGCUCAGGGCAGCUGAAGAAUUGAGAACGGUCCCUCCACUGAGUGCAGGGAAUACAGUACCUAUUCUUCUGACUUGCCUUUGAAGAUACAAAGUGUUAACACUUAUUUAUCUGUGUGAUUCUUGACGGUUUUCUCUUGUAUGUAGACCUGUGGCUUAACUCUUCUUCAAAGCACCUUUUUAAGUUACCCAAAUCCUCCUCCUCCUCCUCCUCCUCCUCCUCCUCCUCACCUCCCUCCUUCCUUCUCCUCCUUUUUGUCUUUCCUAAAACUUAACUAGUAGCAUGUUGUAAUACAGUCUAGUUGUGUGUGCACGAUUUUUCAGCAGUUUUUUCCAAUUCUGAGUUUUUGUGUCUGUAAGGUUGUCCUAUCAGUGUUAUCUGUCAGUCUGAAACAUUUUUGAGUUGUACCCGCAUGGUACCAAUGGCUGUCCUCGGGUUAAGCAGAGAUUCAUGCACACAGCAAAAGAAAACAGACAAAAUAUAUACCAUUUAACAAAUUAUUAUGUACUUUGCUUAUAUUAAUAGUGCAAUGCCUAAACUGGAAUAUUACCAUAUUUAACAAAACACUACAGAGAUUGCUUGUUGGCGAUUGUCUGUAGGAUUUCUCUCUGGUUGACAAUUGAUGGAAUGUCAAUACAGGUACGGUAUUGGCAUUAGAAUUGUGUCUCACUCCUUCACACAGAGGAACGAGACACCUAGAAAACGCCUCUCUCUUUUGCAGGCAUGUUUAGGCAUCUUUGGUUAGCCUACUUUUUAUUUUUAUCGGGUAACUUUUAAUCAUCUCUGUCGGGAAUCUAUUGCAGAUUUAGGAAAAAUAUGAACGAAAAGUAAAAUGGGCGAAACCAAAUUGCAAUCUUGCGUGUCAUAAAACGAAAAAAAAAAACCAGAACGAAAAACAAAGAAGCAUCGGGUGAGAUUAGGUAUUUCAGAUACUCUGGGGGCAGUGUAUUCGUAUUCAGCUAGAAAACAAAAUACCAAAAUGGCUGACAGAAAGCCAAUGCAAAAAGCACUUAUGUUUCUAGAUAAUCUUACUUCAGGCCAGACAGAGAACUGAUGCAGCCUCCACAGACCCACAGAACAUAUGUGCUGUAUUACUUCAUAUAAGCAGAUGUACCUAAAAUCAUUGUGUUAUAACCAGCUGUGUCAUUGGACCAUCCAAUUACUGGACUGUAACUAUUACAACAACAUACAGGUGAAAAACAUUAACGCUGUAUAAAAACGAAAAACAAAAACGAAUGUCUUAUGUAUAUGUCAGUGCUAGAAUAAUGUUUGUACCAGUGACGUGUCUGCAGCGGCGAUUGCAAGACAGAUAAUUCUUCAGAGAUUGUCCAAAUGUUUUAUUUGAUUUGACUUUUAAUUUGUAUUUUAUAUCUUUUAAUAUUCCCUGGAUGUUUUAGUGCAGGUUUAUUCUCACAAUGAUUUGGCCAAAGGGAUGUUAAUAUCAGGCACUGUUAUUUACAGCUUCCUACAGCUUGAAAACUACUGGAAGGUCUGUAGAUGAUACUAGAAUAAUGAGGUCAUUUUAGGGUUCCAAGUACAGAUUAGAACAUGCACCAGAACCUAAAUGAGCUUCUUCAAUAUCCAGAAUAUAUACCGGAGGUACAGCAUUGGACUGUGCCAAGCAUAUAUAUGUUUAUAUUAUAUGCAAAUGCCCAGAUGUUUACGACCUGAAAUAGCAAUGACAAAAUGAUCAAAGCCUUUUGUAGCUAAGAAAAUGUUACAGCAUUGCUAAUCAUGUCACUAGAAGAUAACUUAGUUGAGUUAUGGGGAAAAGUCCUAGGUUACAAUGUUUAGCACUUUCAUUCCUCAUGAAGUCAUAAUGGGAGUAUGCAGGACUAGGCUGUUCUUAAAGAUGGCUGCAGGAGAGGUAUGAGCAGGCACAGUAUUGUUAGCUGCUGAUUUUAAUGUGCUUUAGAUACUGUACUAGCAAGCACUGACUGCCAGGAUUGGUUAACCUGAAGUAAGAGGUACAUGGUUAAUGAAUGGAGUGGUAAGUCCUGCUGAAUUCGUUGCAUUACAGAAUAUCACCGAAAUGAAGUAACAAACUAAAAUACUCUUGAUUUUUAUUGUUUUAAAAACAUUAAUUAAAAACUUUGCUCUGCAUAAAUCUGAAACUGGGUGUCAGAAAUAAACUGGAUGAAACAUAGGCCUAUAAAAUACUUUUAUAUCUAUUCAACAUUUAGAUGGAUUCCUUACAAUUGUUCUUUUACAAUAAAUACUGUUUAGUAUUGCUGUAUUGGUUUGAAAGGGAUGAUGGAAUUUGCAUUGUUCAGUAUUUUACAAACCAGCCUGACUGAAGUUUGACAAUACAGGGGAUUGUGACUCUGGCCAGCCAACCAGUAGUACAUGCAAUCCAACACACUUAAAGAAAAGAGGCUGGGAAUGAGUGGACCAGGGAAAUACAGACUAAGGACAUGCAUUCUUUAUACCGGUUAUUGACCUUUUGAUAAGGCAUACUUUUCAUUUCUCUUCAAACAGAGCGUGGCUAUUCUUCAUGAGGUGCCCAGAGUCUGGGGUCAGCUAGCCUGCAGAGCACAGGCACCCAUACAUACACAGAAUGUCAACCUGUCCUGGCCCUUUCAGCUUAACAUACACUGAAAUAUUACCAUCGGCUAGUUGACAAUGAAAUGAAUUUACAAGAUCACUUGCAUGAAAUCCAUACUUUAUAACAGCUGUCAGAAUGUCUGGCCCUUAUAACUAGUAGUCAAUAGUUGGUUUAAAAGUGGCUAUGCAAAAUGAAGACCCUGUGCAGUUUGUCAGAGCAAAGGUUUUCAUUAAUUUUGAGUUGCUGGUUAACGCAAAGUGUAGAGACUUUAUUAACUGUAUUUAUUAUUAUUUUAACAUGUGUCGUGUGUAUAUAUAUAUAUAUUGGGUUGCAGUUCUUUGCACAGUAGAAUUCAAUAGUAGGACAGAAAGGCAUACAGUACAAAGGUUUGCAUAUUUUUAAUAACAGUCAUUCCGCUAACUCUACCUAAACAUAUACUUGAACAAAAUGAAGCAGUGUGAUGCUAAAGCGAAGGGUUGUUCGAUUGGAAAUCCUGGUAUUACUGGUAAGGGGACUGGCACUGAUGCUGCUGCAAGGUAGUGCGGAAUGUGCUGUCAGUAAGAUGACGCCUGUUUGCAUUUUAUUAGCCCAUCGUGGUUGGUUCUCCCAAAUACCAUUGUGGUCCGAGACUUUUUUUUAUUAUUGUUAUUGGGAACUGGUUUAAUUUGUGUGCUUCCUGUUUGAAAGGACAUGUCAACCUGUUUCAAAGAUUUCAAUUUCUUUACAGGUGAUCUUUAACUUGAACACUAAAUGGUGUUCUUAGCGAUAGCCUAGUUCUAUACCAUAGGAUUAUGAUGUUGAAAGUGGGCCUAUAUUAGGUUUAUAAUAGAAGGUAAUAUCUUGAACAUCUAAUUGUACUUUUGGCUGAGGUCUACAAAGUCCAGCUCCUUACUCAUCUAUUCACCAAUUUCAUCUUAACGCUUAUCAUCCAUUAUUUAAAAAAAAAAAAUCCAAUUAAAAUAACAACAAACAAACAAACAAACAAAAAAAAGAUUCCCCAAAUCUAAAGCAAGUUGCCCCAGAAAGAACAAUUUCAUUUGAAACUGAAGGUUGGCAUUCCCUUUAGCACCGGUUUUUGUUUCAGAUCGUCGGCACUGUACAUUAUUUAUUCGUCAGAUUUGCUUCAUUUUCAUACAUUUAUUUUGUAAAUAUAUAUGUUGUAUGGAGCUUGAAUUAAAAUGUAAAUAUAUUUCAUGUAUUUGUACUAAUUAUAAUCCAUUCGCUGUAUAGCCUAGACGUGUAAUGCAGAUAUAUCUAAUUCUGUGUGUGUAAUCUUGUACCACUGAACUGUUUAGUGAACGAGAUAACAAUAAAGGUACAACCAGUGCAUUAGCAGAAUAA